AUGACGGGGCGGCGAGCGACUACGCUGCUUGCUCUGCUGCUGCUGCCGGCGUUAUUGGCUUCGGCGCUGGGCGGCCCAUGGCCGGCGGCUGGAACCCAGCUGCCCGUACCCUUCACCGAGACGGCAGCGACCGAGGGCUGUCACUGCUGGGCCCAGGGGACCGAGUGCCGCUGCUUCGGUGACAGCGUGCACCAGGUGCCCGCUCGUCUGGCUGACCAGGUCGAGAAGCUGUCACUGGAGCGAAUUUCACUGGAAGUGCUGCGGAACGGAUCCCUCGAUGGUUACGCAGACACGCUGAGAGCUCUCCACCUCAACUCGUUGCUGAAAUUGUGCUAUAUCGAACCAGGAGUCUUUGACAACUUGCACGAGCUGCGGGAAAUCUCUAUACAGAAGUCCAUAUUGUUGCAAUCAGUCCCACCAGGAGUCUUAAGAGGUCUUCCUAAACUGAGUGUAUUGCGCAUCACGCACUCUGGACUACGGGAAGUUCCGUACAUGCACGACUUGAACCCGUCCACGUACAUCGGAAUGCUGGACUUCGACAGCAACCGCAUCGCUGAGCUUACAGCCUAUUCUAUCCAGGUCAAGGCAGGAACACUAAUCCUCAAUCACAACGCCAUUGCAGCCAUACGUGCAGCGGCAUUUGACGGCUCCAAGAUUGCUGAAGUGAGGCUGCGCGGAAAUCGAAAGCUGACGGUGGUUGAAGACGAUGCCUUCUACGGACUCUCGAACCUCAGUCAUCUAGACCUUUCCGAGACGAGCCUUACGAAACUACCCACCCGUGGACUGGAGUCCCUAGAAGUGCUCGAGCUCCGCGACGCGCCAGCGCUGCGCGAGUUCCCUUCUGUCUACCACUUCCGGUUCAUAAGGGUGGCUCACCUCACUUACCCUUACCACUGCUGUGCCUUCCAGUUCCCGGAAACUCACGACCCGGAGGAGCAUAGCAGGUUCCAGAAGCACUGCAACUCGGACGAGGAAGCGUCGAUGAGCCGGCGCCAGAACCGACCACCUGUGGUCGGCGAGGAGCACGACUUCCAGCUACUUGAGCGCUUCUUUGUGGUCCAGCUGAACACCAAACAGACCACGACGCCGCCAACCAGGAGGUUCGUUCGCCAUGUGUUCAGCGAAUUCGGCACCAUACAUGAGGCUCCGAAACCUCGAGUGCAGAACACCUCUUCCAGCCCAUGGAACAUCUUCCACUCUCGAGGAAUGGAGGGAACCUUCCACCCUGAAGUGCGGCUGCAAGAAGAGCAAUGGGUGACGUGCGGCAAGCUAGCCAGCCGGCGGGUGCAGUGUCUUCCGGCGCCGGAUGCGUUCAAUCCAUGCGAGGACGUUAUGGGCACCAUGGUGCUGCGCGUAGCCGUCUGGUUCGUGCUUGUAGCCGCCGUGUUCGGAAACCUGGCCGUGCUUCUGGUGCUGCUCAGCGGUCGUCUGACUGUGUCCAAGUUCCUGAUGUGCAACCUCGCCUUCGCCGACCUCUGCAUGGGCGCCUACCUGCUGGUCAUCGCCGCCGAGGACCUGCACACGCGCGGCCGGUACUUCAGCCACGCCAUCCUGUGGCAGCACGGUGCCGGCUGCAAAGUGGCUGGCUUCCUGACCGUGUUCGCGUCCGAGCUUUCAAUCUACACGCUCACAGUGAUCACCCUCGAGCGCUGGUACGCCAUCACGUACGCCGUGCACCUGAACAGGAGGCUACGGCUGCGCACCGCCGCGCGCAUCAUGGCGUGCGGCUGGGGCUACGCGCUGCUGGCGGCCUCCCUGCCACUCCUCGGCAUCAGCAGCUACAGCAAGACGUCCAUAUGCCUUCCCAUGGAGAACAGCACGGUUGCUGACCUUCUCUACCUUCUCACCCUGCUGUCGAUGAACGGCCUCGCCUUCCUGCUCAUAUGCGCCUGCUACGCCAAGAUGUACCUGGCCAUAUCGGGCCAGCGACCGCGUUCCCACUGCGGCAACAAGGACACGUCGGUGGCCAAGCGCAUGGCCAUGCUCGUAUUCACCGACUUCGCCUGCUGGGCGCCCAUCGCUUUCUUUGGGCUGACGGCCGUGGCCGGCUACCCACUCAUCGACGUGCCAAAGUCCAAGAUCCUGCUUGUCUUCUUCUACCCCCUCAACUCGUGCGCCAACCCGUUCCUCUACGCCAUCCUGACCAAACAGUACCGGCGCGACCUGUCGGCGCUGCUGUCCACGCGGGGCGUUUGCACGCGCCGCAUGCUCAAGUACACCUCGUCCUGGCAUACGACGCCCACCAACCGCCUGCUGCGCAACAAGGACAACAGCAGCACGUCGCGCCAGACCACCGAGCUGUCGAACCGCACACAGAAGGGCUCGCCGCACCCAAUCAAGAACAACUUCACUAAGCUGGGCCUGCACGAGGAGUUCCUGAGACGCCAGAGCCUGCUGUGCGAGCACCUCGAUACUCCCAUUUGACUCCGAUCGACAGCGGCUCCCGCGCACUCAUCGCGCCGCCGCCACCGGACCACCGAACGCCGGCCAGAACUUCUCGGCAAGGUGCCAUCUUGUUUCACGGUGGACUCGUUCUUCGAGGCGCCGAGUGUCUCGAGCGAAACCACGGCAACCACGUGCACACGAGCCUCGCCGAGAGCUUGGCACAGAACGAUGUAAUCGAUGCAGGCUGCCGCACUAAUUGCAUUUGCUUCGGGGCAGAGUCCCGGCAGACGCAUCUGCCAAAGAAAGCAAAAGUACUUCACUUCAAAGCAUCCUUUCAGCUGUUCCGACACUGGGCGAACUAGAGCAGGCUGGUAUGGUUCACAGCUGUCAUGAAGCAAAGACAACUCAUUGCUUUUUUAACACCAGCACACUAUGAUUUGUCAAUAUUCAUGGGUUAUAUGCAUUUUGUUCGCGAGUGCCGAAACUUUGGCUGUCAUUAGUUCCCUGUGCAAGAGCGCUGGUUGAACACGGUGUGCUCUUACGUGAGAUUGUUUCCUGUUUUGCUCACUUUCUACUACUAAAGGGCGUACCUUCAAACUAAAUUGGAGUGGUCAAAGGCUGCAAGGAACCUUAGGACGGCAAUACGCCAGUGUCAGUUUUCGCUAGGAAUUUUUCGCGGCAUGGCCUCGUCUUCCGGGAGCUAUUAUAGUCGUGCUACUACAUUUAGUUUCUUUAGUCCUGACCUCAGACAACACAAAUGAAUGCGCCGCGUUGAAAUUGCGUUAGGCAAUAACAUUCAACUCAUGCUAUACCAGUUGUACAGUCAGCCAAAAAGAAGACGAGAUUAAAACUGCAGGUGAAAAGCCGCAUUGUCCACGCUAUGCCUACGCUAUAUGGCCACCAGGGCCGUUGGCAAAUUCUUCGUCGUUGGAGAGGCGAGGGGCCCUGCAGCACACACUUGGACGCCACUUCGUUUAUCAAGCAAAGUUCCGUUAUCUGUAGGCUCGCCGAGAAAGCCCUCUAGCGCACAUUUUUUUUCAUAAAUGUGAGACCUGAAUUUUACCGCCAGCCGUAUACAGUAAGCGCGUCUGAAUAAUAAUAAUAGCAUGAUUUUGGUACUUGCAGCACGCCUCCAAACCUGUCGCUUGGUGCUUGCGUGCGCAGCUCGCUAAAGAGCGAUCGUCAAAGCUGCCCUCUCCACAAUAAGGGAACUUGUGAGAAGAAGCCUGCUUCCAAACAUUUAUUUCGCGUAACAGGGGGUAGCGCCCAUAGAGGGAGCAUUUGCAAGUGUAUGUAACCGACUACGUUGCUGUGGCAAUGAUCAGCCAGUGUUGAAACUGAAUCCUCUAGUUUCUGAGACAGGCGCACAACCGAUCCCACCGUCAGGACAUCGGGUGCCUGCAUUCGCAAAGAAAACCUGUUGCACCGCAGCGUGCGGUGCUUGCGAUACAAGCUGAAUGCUGAUACCGAUCACUGGGGCGUUCAAUAACCAGGUAGUCACAUGGCAACGUGGGAGCAAACAGUGCUAUAGUGAAUUAAUACAAACGACAUUCGCAUAUGUAUUCGAAUCCGAGCGACUCAUACAUGUGACAGCGAAGCUAGCUGUUUAAGGGGGUUCUCACACCUUUUCUAGGGUUCUGAUUUUACAAUGCCGAAAUUUACCCAAGACUUUGAAAGACCCAAUCCAGUGCAAUUCUUUCGCGAUACCCAAGUCUUAUAAAUUUAAAAAAAAGUAAAUUCUGAAGUUUUACGCACCAAAACAACAAUUAUGAGGCACGCCGUAGUGGGGGACUGCGAGUUAAUUUUGACCACUUGGGGUUCUUAAACGUGCACCGCAAUGCACGGUACACGAGCAUUUUUGCAUUCCGCCCCCAUCGGAAUGCAGCCUCCGCGGCCAGGAUCGAACCCACGACCUCGUGCCCAGCAGCGCAACGCCAUGGCCACGGAGCUACGACGGCGAGUCCCAAGUGUUUUCAAACAUUUCAGUAUAUCCGCGCUUAGUAGUAGUGUACUAUCCGUUAUAUCCGACGCAUGUUCCUGUAUGCUGCACUGGCUCUUUUACGCCAGUGCCUCCUCGAUAAGACCACACCUCCGCCGCCCGAAAACCGCUGUGGAACUCCCUCAUGCAUUGCAGUAGCGUACGCAUUUGCGCUGGUUGGUGCGUGACUCGAGCGGAAACAGCGCAAAAUAACAGAACGUGAGGAAAGGACAGACAACAGCGCUGUUGUGUGUCCUUUACUCCCGUCCUUCUAUUUUGCGCUGUUUCCGCUCAAGUCCAUUAUGCAGUUUCGCUGUGACACGCAUGGCUGUAGCCUAUAACACUUCAGGCUGAGAUUACAGCAACAAAAUCCACAAUAUUUUUGGCCGACUGUACAUUCUGCCCAGCUUGUAGUCGAAACGCUUCGUUCUUGCGCCUCUCAGGCAAUGUUUUGUAUGCGUGGGCCUGCCUGGAAAGCCCCUACAAUUUUUGUAAUAAUUUCCGAGAGGUUCAGCAAUAAUAAGUAAAGGCUGUGGCGUCUUGCAUGUCGUCAUGACAACUGACACUUCCCACAUGCGAGAGCUCUCACAGGUGGAAGCUUUCAGGCUAUGUUCGUGAAUCGUGUCGGACGUAAUACGAAAAUAACGAAGUUGCUUAUACUUUCUCUUAAACGAACGUGGGUCAAAUGUUGCGUGCAAAUGAGUUUAUUGAUUUCACUAGUAUACGACGAGUCCCCGUGGCGGUUACGCAUGAUUAGCUUCCCCUCCCGUUUCUCUCCAUUUUUUUUUCUCUACAUUCUGUGCCGAGUAAGGGGCAAGAGAUGCAAGAAAAAAAAAGAGACAGGAAAGCGAGCGAGGUUCUCGAAGACUUUUCACAUUACGUUUAGUGCGCCUAGUUUUCUGACUUCCUGUUCUUUCUUUGCGGGAAAAUAUUCACUGGGUCACAUCAUAGGAGGACUAGGGUGUUGUUGGCUGCAGACGGUGCGAGACUUACCGGCAAUUGAGGCACUUCAGCGUCGAGGCACUCCAUAUAGUAACUAUAUUGUAGGUGACGGAGUCUUUACGUCAUACUCAUGUUUCCAUUCCAUUAAGAAAACUUGAAGCAUACUUUUCAUGGAGUAUAGCAAACUCUUUUUUGCACUGUGACGUUAGAAACUGACACAUAGCCGGUGCUAAUGCAAACUGCGUUUUCGCCUUGCGAUUCUAAAGACAGUAUCUGCGGCCAGCGCCACGUCUAAUUCGUUUACAAAGGUGAAUCAAACGUCCAACGUUGUAGGCAUGCUUUGCCAGGGUGAGUUGAGUAAUGAAGGCAGUCCAUUUCACAGAACAAACUAAUUUCGCUCCAUCUACGGGAACCAUAGAGCGCGUUGCACUGAUCUUUAUUUUUAUUCUUACUUUCACAUCAUCCAGAACGAAAACACGUAAUCGUGACCUAAUACAGUGACCAAUUCGCCUUCUUCUUGCUUGACAAAAAAAAAACAAUUGUAACGCUACUUCUACAUUUGCCUAAGGUUUCUCUCUCUAAAUGACACAGCCAAUGUAAAUUAAGAAUAGUUGACAGAAAGUCUACUUAUCUUUUUUCUCUGUACCUCGUGCAGUCAGCAGCCUCUUCCUUACACCCCCCUCCACCACUUAUAUUUUAUCUUCUUUCGCCGUGGUGUAAUCUCGCAUAGAGGAGUAGAUAGAGGAAAGGCUUAUCGUACGUUCUCUUGAUAUUCUCCAGCCAGAGCAAGACGAGGGCGGGCGCACAUUAUAAUCUGCCUAGCCGCUAGGCACGUUAUGUCCGCCUGGCCUUUAUUACCUUCCACUGCGCGGCCAGCGACGCAUGCGCCAAAUGGUGGCCCGGGCUGGGUGACGCUGUCCACGCAAGUUCAACAAGUAAAAGAAAAGCAGCCAGUGUGCAUCCCGUACACAAGUCGUUACCGCGCUUCCAUGCGCAGAAACGCUGUGCCAGCACCCGACGUCACACAUUUCAGUCGGGCCUCUAGGCCACUCAGCAUAAAAUGCGUCUGCAGUGCCCCGCGUGGGUCCGGUGUCUUUCGCCUACGAUGCUUCCGCUGAAGUGUAUUAUAACAUCUAUGUACGCGGUACUGUGUAUAUAUAUAUAUAUAAAUAUAUCAAUGUUUGUGAGCAGCACGGGGCUGUGAUGGUGACGUUGUAAGGCCACGUGAAACUAUGAUAAAAUAUUGCACCUCUUGUCAAAGCAGUUGCGGAUAGUACAAACAAAAAAGUCAUUGACCUGAGAAAGAUUCCGCCUCGGUGGUAGCGGUUUGCUUGUUGGUUUGUAAGAGAGAAGGGCACGUCACCGGGAAUGUGCAGUGUGGGAAUAACCUUGAGUUUCUUUUUCCCUUCCUUUUUUUAUUGUCAAACUCGGGACCAUGUCCAAGAACCUUUUCUCUGCGUUACCAUGAACAGAAAUUUUACGUUGAAUUAAAUUCUGGGGCUUUACAUGUCAAACCCAAAAUACUGUUACGUGUGGAAGGCCACAGACGAAAGAGACUAUUUACAGGCUAUUUACACUGGAGCCAGACAGCCAGGCCCACACUCGCUCGCACCAAGAGCACAGACACACUUCAUCGUCUUUCUCGCGGCGGCUCGUCUCUUGAACAUCU